UCAGAACCUUUUCAUGGAAAAUUUCCAGUUAGCGAUGAAACAUGUUAAAUGAUUCAUACCAUUGUGCAAUAAACACCUACUAACCAGUUUCAGUUAACCACAGAAAACGUUUUGUAUAUAUUAUUGCUAACCACGGGGGUAAUUUUCAUUAACUAAUAUUACUUUAUGAUAAUGGAAUUAUAGUACCCUCCUCACAAAAUGACAGUGACAUACAGUACCUGACUGCAUGACAGUAGAUUAAUAUUCUUGCUUUGAUAAUGACCUUAGUAUUUGUCAUACAUAAAUGUCACUCACACUAGAUACAGUUUAGAGGAAUAGCCUAGAGGGUAUAGAAUGUGGUUAUUUUUACUUUAUUUGCAAAAUAAAUAAUCUAAAUAAACAUCCCAAGGCAUCAUUUUGUAAAUUCAUUCACAACACUAGACUUUAUAGCCCAUUUUAUCUUGCAUUUUUGCUCCUGAAAUCCGUCUGCUACAAAAUGUUGCCGGUGGCGCCUCCAUAUGGGUGUGACGUAGUACAUUGUAUAUGCGUCAGUAAACAAAGUGAACAGCUGGCGUGCUUUCAUGUGGUAUUGUGCAUUAAUUGUGACAAAUUUCAAUGUCUGGUGACAAUUUUAGUCCGCAGGGGACUACCAAACGACAGAGGAAAGAUGGAGGCAUUCGAUGUGCAGCGUGGGGAUGCGGUAAAUCCAAACUGAAAGACAAUAUUGGAGUGUUUGAGUUUCCAGAUCGGGAGAGAUCGCCGGACCGCUUCCGAUUUUGGUGUAGUUUGGUUAGCCGUACUCGGAAAGAUUUUAGAUUCAGUAAAGGGACGUCGCGGUUGUGUGCCGAUCAUUUUGAUUCCGAUCAAAUCGAGAAUUGGAUGCGCAUAAAGUUAAUGGAGGAGGAAGACCCAGUGGCAGCCAGAAAAAUUCCUUGGAGACUGAUACCACACGCUAGGCCCAAUCCAUCCCUCUUCCCUCGGCCAGGGCAUGGAUCGACGCCCCAACCCAAGCAGCCCCAGUCAAUGGGCAAUUCCGUCGAGCCAACUCGGAGGCCUUGGCCUAGGGAAACUACUUCAGAGGACAUGGAGAUUACUAAAGGUCCCAGAAGGGGUGCUGCUGCAAUCAGAGAAAGGAAAAGGCUUGUUGAAGAUGCUCAGACAGACAUGGUACAGAAAGACCUGGAGAUGAUGGCUCAACAAGAUGCAAUUUCAGACAUGAUGGAUAUUUAUGUAAGAGAGGUCGCUGAGGGGCAUGGCCUGGAGACUGGCAAAUCCAAGGUAACACACAGAGAUAUUCACAUCCAAGUGAACAGACGGCCAACUCAUCGCUCUACCAGGGUUCAAAUCUGUCCAAAGACAUUUUCCCAGGAAAUAUCAGUAUAUCAAUAUCAGUUUGCACCAAAAAUGUUCCAUUUCCAUCAUGGCGGCAUGGCCAGCAGACUCCAUUAUAACGAGAAUGGUAACAAGGAGCAGGCGGUCACUCAAUCAGGUGUAGACCGGUUGCAAGUUAUUUUUCCUAAAGUGAAGAAAGGAGGCUACUCUGUACGUUGCAUCAAGAAAUCAAGCACGUACAAUUAUGUGAACAAACUCCUUCAGGAAAUCCAGCACCGAUGCAUUGCUGGAAUCAAAAACACCACGAAGAGACGUCAUGCCACACUAUGUCAAAAAUAUCAGCACCCUGAGAAAGUCACAGCUGUACAGCAGUACAUUGAGAAGUUCAACAGAUUCCCAAACAAAUGA